CUGAGCGGAAUCGCCUUCCAGCAUCAGGUGCGGGUUUGCUCACCCUGCCCGACCCAGAGAGGAAGAGCACCAGCCAUGCCGUUAAACCAAAGCCCCACGAGAAAACACGGUGGCGGCAGAGGGGCGUGGUGACUGGAAAGGCCAGCGCCCACUGUCCUUCCUGCUCAGCUUCCCUGGGGGCGGAGGGGCCACGGGACGCGGUGAACCCCCGAAGGCUUGGAGGUGCCGGGCGCAUGUUGAGCUGCUCCUUGGGGAAGUGCUCGCUGAUGGGGUACACACCUGCCUGUUACCAGCAGGAAGCCACAAGCUACACAAACUGAUAGAGAUGAGAGGAGCCUGGGGACCGGCCUUUCCUUCGGACCUGCACCCAGAGCUUGCCGGUUACCGCUAGAAGGCCGCUCCACCACACAGGCCCCGGGAGCUCGGGAGACACCAUGAAAAGCCACUGACGCCCUGCGAGGUAGCGUUUUGAGCCUUGUGCCUGGGCCGGCCUUAGACAUGAUCUUCCUACCUCUGUGUCCCGACUAGCUGCGACUGCAGGAUGGGGCUGCUGAGCAGUAAAAGGCAGGUCAGCCAGAAGGCGGAGGGCCCCAGGAAGGCCCGCCCCCAGAGCGACGUGCCCCCUCCACUGCCACCCCUGGUCAUCUUUAACCACCUCACCCCUCCACCCCCGGACCAGCACGCAGACCGAGAGGAGCGUUUUGUGGAGGCCUUGUAUGACUACGAGGGGGUGAAUGACCGGGACCUGCAGAUGGUGAAGGGGGAGAAGCUGCAGGUCUUGAAGGAAACCGGAGAGUGGUGGCUGGCCAAGUCGCUUGUCACGGGAAGAGAAGGCCUCGUGCCCAGCAACUUUGUGGCCGCCGUAGAGUCCCUGGAAGUGGAGAAGUGGUUCUUCAGGACUAUCAGCCGGAAAGAGGCGGAGAGGCAGCUGCUGGCACCCAUGAACAAGGCCGGCUCCUUCCUCAUCCGGGAGAGCGAGACCAGUAAAGGUGCCUUUUCCCUGUCUGUGAAGGACGUGAGCUCCCAGGGGGAGGUGGUCAAGCACUAUAAGAUCCGCUCGCUGGACGAAGGGGGCUAUUACAUCUCCCCCAGGAUCACCUUCCCCUCCCUCCAAGCCCUGGUGCAGCACUACUCCAAGAAGGGGGAUGGGCUGUGCCAGCAGCUGGCGCUGCCCUGUGUGGCCUUGGCCCCCCAGAACCCCUGGGCGCAGGACGAGUGGGAAAUCCCCCGGCAGUCACUCAAGCUAGUCCGCAAACUCGGGUCUGGGCAGUUUGGAGAGGUCUGGAUGGGUUACUACAAAAACAACAUAAAGGUGGCCGUGAAGACGCUGAAGGAGGGAACCAUGUCCUCGGAAGCCUUCCUGGGCGAGGCCAACCUCAUGAAAACGCUGCAGCACAAGAGGCUGGUGCGGCUCUACGCCGUGGUCACCAGGGAGCCCAUAUACAUCGUCACGGAGUACAUGGCCAGAGGAUGCCUGCUGGACUUCCUGAAGACAGAGGAAGGAGGCAGGCUGUCCAUCCCAAGACUUAUCGACAUGUCGGCCCAGAUUGCCGAAGGAAUGGCGUACAUUGAACACAUGAAUUCCAUCCAUCGCGACCUGCGGGCAGCCAACAUCCUGGUGUCUGAGACUUUGUGCUGCAAAAUUGGAGACUUCGGGCUGGCCCGGAUCGUGGAUAGUGAAUACACAGCCCAAGAGGGAGCCAAGUUCCCCAUCAAGUGGACGGCGCCCGAGGCCCUCCACUUUGGGGUGUUCACCAUCAAGGCGGACGUGUGGUCCUUCGGAGUCCUCCUCAUGGAGCUGGUCACCUACGGCCGUGUACCCUACCCAGGCAUGAGCAACCCGGAGGUCAUCCGCAGCCUGGAGCGGGGCUACCGCAUGCCGCGCCCAGACACGUGUCCCCCGGAACUGUACCGCAACGUCAUCUCCGAGUGCUGGCGCAGCCGGCCGGAGGAGCGGCCGACCUUCGAGUUCCUGCAGUCGGUGCUGGAGGACUUCUACACGGCCACGGAGGGCCAGUACGAGCUGCAGCCCUAGCCGCCGCCCGCCGCCCCGGGGCCAGCCUGGCUGCGGGCAGCCGGGGUGGUGCUCGCCAGGCGCUUCCCACUCAGCAGCCGCGGCUGUGAGUCCUCCAC